UGAGGCAUCUUUAUCAAGCUAUUGUUAUGAUACUUCAGAUAAACAGAAAAAGAGUAUGUCUGAUGCAUUAAGUAAAUGUACCUAUGGAACAUUACAACAGACAGAAAGUAGGAGUGUAACUAUUAGUUUGUCCCAGGAAAAGACUGUUUCUACCUUCACAUCGGAUGAGAAUGAACAGCUAAUACCACUACCAGUAAUAGAGACUGUUUCUGCUGUUAGAAAUAGUAAGAGACAAGUUGAAACUGCACCAUAUGAUCCAGAUAUCAUUGACUUUCUGGGACUACCUGAUGAUGUUUUGGUGGACUAUUGCCAAUCAGUGGAGAAUUCUGACCACCAAAUAAGUGCCCCAAAGCAAAUGAAGAUGAUGCCAUUGAUGAAUAUUUCAAAUUGUACUGUUAAUAUCAAAUAUUACAAUAAUUGAAUUUGAACAAUAAUGGAAAAUACAUUGUAGUAGAUAUUAUUUGAAUUAUGCGGACAUUUAAGAGACUUUAAAAUACCGUAGUUUCUGUUCAAACUUUAUUUUAUAUUUGUUUACAUAUGUUUACUGCUAUUGAAACCAAAAUAGUCAUUUGUUACAGAUAAAUUGUAAUAAAUGAAAUUUACUGUUAAUAUUACUUGUUUUUUUUUAAGUUAUAGAGUACUGUGGAGAAGGUUAAUAAAUGAAAUGGAAGAGGUUUGAAGUACACCUUCUUGAGACAAAUCCAAAAUAAUACAGGGUAAA